AGAUUAGAGACUCCACCAGAGGAUUGAUCUUCUGAGCUGAACAGAGUAAGACACAAAGAUUUUCAGAAUUCCCAUUCACCAUGGACCUAAUCACAGUUCUGCUCUGGAUCACUGUCAUCUUAUUUUUGGUUGUUGCUUUUAAGAACCAGAAUCAAGAAAAAUACAAAAAAUUCCCACCUGGACCAAAGCCUCUACCGAUCAUUGGAAAUGUUCUCAUGCUGAACAUGUCAAAACCUCAUAAAUCAUUUCUGGAGCUUACUAAGAAGUAUGGCCCGGUCUUGAGUGUCCAGAUUGGCAUGACAAAAGCAGUUGUCCUUUGUGGCUAUGAAGCUGUCAAGGAUGCGCUCAUCAAUCAUGCCGAUGUAUUUUCUAACAGACCUCAUGUGCCUGUGUUUGCAAAAACACUGGGGAACAACGGUGUUGUCUUUUCCAAUGGAGAGAACUGGAAAGUGAUGAGAAGAUUUACGCUCUCCACACUACGAGAUUAUGGAAUGGGCAAGAAAACCAUAGAAGACAAGAUCAUCGAGGAGGCCGAGUGUUUAGUUCAGAAGUUUAAAUCAUAUAAAGGAAAGCCAUUUGAUAAUCUGACCAGUAUUAAUGCUGCUGUCGCCAACAUAAUUGUGGCCAUACUGCUCAGUCAUAGAUUUGACUAUGAGAAUCCGACCAUACUGAAACUUAUUGGUUUAAUUAAUGAAAAUAUACGACUCCUGGGAAGCCCAUGGGUCAGGCUGUAUAACAGUUUUUCAUUACUAAUGGACUGGCUCCCUGGACCUCACAGAACUAUUUUUCGGAAUGUCAAGGAGUUUCAGAAAUUUAUAAGAGCGACCUUUACGAAACAGAAGAAAGAACUGGAUGUAAAUGACCAGAGGAACCUUAUUGAUGCCUUCCUAACCAAGCAACAAGAGGGCAAGCCUGAAUCUACUGAGUAUUUCCACAAUGAAAACUUAACUGCACUGGUUGGAAACCUGUUUGCUGCUGGAAUGGAGACAACAUCGACCACACUGAGAUGGGGACUUCUACUCAUGAUGAAAUACCCAGAAAUUCAACAAAAAGUGCAAGAAGAAAUUGAAAGAGUGAUUGGAUCGGCACAACCUCAAAUGGAGCACAGGAAAGAAAUUCCAUAUACAGACGCCGUCAUUCAUGAAAUUCAGCGCUUUGGGGACAUUGCACCGAAUAGUGUCGCACAUGCAACUUCUGAAGAUGUCACAUUUAGAGGGUAUUUUAUACCAAAGGGCACUAUUGUUAUUCCGGUGCUGCACUCGCUACUUAGAGAAAAAAAAUACUUUGAGAAACCCGAAGAGUUUUAUCCAGAACACUUUCUUGACUCUAAAGGAAACUUUAAAAAGAACGAGGCCUUCCUACCCUUCUCAAUAGGUAAACGUAGCUGUGCUGGGGAAACUUUGGCUAAAAUGGAACUUUUCCUGUUCUUUACAACACUAUUACAAAAUUUCACUUUCCGACCUGUACCGGGAGCCAAACUGGACCUAACACCUGCACUUGGGUCUACAAACUCCCCCAAACCAUUUGAGAUCUGUGCCAUAACUCGCAGAUAGAUUACAUUUUCAGUCAACGUUGGCAUGAGAUAUGUUGUAUGACAGUUUAACCUGUUAAUGCUCAGUGACAUAAUAGUACGUUGAGGUGAUGGCUCAGGAGCAACUUGUCGUUGUAUAAGGCAAGUGACCUCAAGACUGUAUAUUAAAGUCCCCUAAGCGGACUAAAAAGAAGCAAAAAAAAAAGUUAAUUAAUGAUUUCAAGUGUAACAAAAGUGUAAACUUAAAAAUAAAUAAAAUGUUUUGUA